CGCUACCACCGCGCUGCCCGCGGGGGGUGCGCAGCGCGUAGGCUCCUCCCCCCGCCCGGCCGCGGAUUGGUAGGCUCCGUCCGGCAGCGCCCCCCGCCUCCUGUCCCCGCGCGGCUUCCGUCCUUUCCGGCCUGAGCCGCGCAGCUGCCGCCAUCAUGGCCAAGAUCAAGGCCCGGGACCUGCGGGGGAAGAAGAAGGAGGAGCUGCUGAAGCAGUUGGACGAUUUGAAGGUGGAGCUGUCGCAGCUUCGCGUGGCUAAAGUGACCGGCGGGGCUGCCUCCAAGCUCUCCAAGAUACGUGUGGUGCGCAAAUCUAUUGCCAGAGUCCUAACUGUUAUCAAUCAGACCCAGAAGGAGAACUUGAGGAAGUUUUACAAGGGCAAAAAGUAUAAGCCUCUUGAUCUGCGGCCGAAGAAGACUCGUGCCAUGCGACGCAGAUUAAAUAAGCAUGAAGAAAAUCUGAAGACCAAAAAACAGCAGCGAAAAGAACGUUUGUACCCUCUCCGGAAAUAUGCCAUCAAGGCAUAGAACUGCAGUGUGCCGCAAGUUCUUAAUUAUAUUGGCUGAGUAUGUCUCAUUAAAUAGAAUUUUGUUUGGAA